AUGUACAGAUCUUGCAGCUGGUUUUGCGACCUGAGCACCGCGAGUUUCCAGCCCUGGUGCUUUGUGCCGACCACGCGGAUUCAGCAAUUGGGGAGUACAUCUCUGGAACUCACAACCUUCAGCGCCUUCAACUGGGGGGCCUUGUCAGGGAGGGACAGGAGCAUGUGGGUCUUGCUGCACCACUUGCUGCGCUACAGCCCGGUGCAUUUCACCUACAAGUUCCGGAUGUCCCAGCCGGCGCCGUUUGGGCACGACCCGAAAAUUGCGGAGCCCAAAACAAAUCAGGACGCCCACACGGCCACGGUGGACCAAGAUGGUCGGGUGCAGCGAUCCUUCAGUCCUGGGGCCCCCAUUGUGAUCCCCCCACCUUCGUUGCUGCAGCUCGCUGGCCGGGAGUGGAACCUGCAGACUUUGCAAAUCGGCGGCGAGUUCGUCAGCAUGGUGAACUGUUACACCGACGGUUCCGACCUGCCGGUGCUGCAGUGGGGCGCGCAUGCGCCGGUGGAGCCCCAGCUGGAGCUGCCGCUCUGCCUCCUCUCCGUGCAGCAGCUGAAGAGUAGCUCCAUGCGAAGCUUCUCCGACGUGCUGAACGAUGUGACCUAUAGCAAUACCAUGAUACGGAUUGACACCAAACAGGGCAACAGCUUCCACAGGCUAUUCUCCUGGUUUGCGCUGGUGAUGAGCCUCAUUUCCUUUGUGGUUCUUUUGAAGAUCCCCUCCAUGCUGGUCACGACCUUCGCCCAAAGAUGCCUGGGGCCUCUCUCCGGGGUAGUGAAACGAGUAGUGGAGGAGAGCUUCCACAUCCGCACGCGCGCCGCCUCCGGGGGGCUCCGCCUCGCCUCAGACGCGCUGGCCAUAGAAUCUUUGGCGCCGGAGGGACUUGCGGAGCCGGAGCUGGCGAAGGAAAUGGCCAGGAUCCUCGAGCAAGUGGGUGACGCGGAGGAUUUGGGAGAGGAUUUGGGCAAACACGUCUUUCGAACUCUCGGCACAAGAGAGAAAGGCAAGGCACAAGAUGGACCAGUGCACUCCGGCCGCUUCGGCCAUUUGCUAAGCUGGGGCGUUGCCGUGGAUGUCUUUGACAUCACUGCCUUCUUCUCGCGCGCACGGCGACGCCGCCUACUGGAAUGGUACAUUCUACCUGCAGAUCACCGCGCAACUUUGCGAGUCCCCCGGGAGGGCGUCGGCCCGGCUGAAUUGGAGGAGGUGAAGGAGCUCUCGGGCGACCUUUCGGGCGACGGCGCGCGGGUGGUCGGCGGAGAAGACGCGGAGGGGGCGGCAACCCAAGACCUGCCGUUGCUGCGGGAGCGGCUGGAGGUGCUGGAGAGAAACAAAGCCCGCCGCGAGGAGCAGCUGCAGAAGAGGUGCCAGGCGCAGGCAGAGCUGUCUGAGCUGCAGUCGCGGUACCAAGAUCUGAAGCACCGCUGGAAAGCCCAGCGGAAGGUCGAGAAAGCGCUCGUCCCGGCGCGGGAGAAUUUGGCUGCGCUGUCGGCGCGGGUGGAGGUUGCGGAGCUGGAGCGAGCUCGCCUCGGCCUGCAGCUGCAGGAGCUCCUCGCGAGGCCGGCCUUUCAGAACUUAGUGCCGGAGGAGCUGGAGCUGGAGCUGGAAGUGGCGAGUCCCGCCCACCGCGUGCCGGAGUCGAAGGACCGGAGAUUGCGAACCCUCGCGGACAAUCUCUUUGCCACUUUGUACGCUACAGGCGAUGGUAUUGGCUUGGCUGCCCCGCAGAUCCAAGAUCUGACUCUAUCCCCGUCCUGCACCAUGGCGUUGCGCGUGGUGGUGCUUGCUGCGACGGCUGCAAUUGCCAUCGCUGGUAGCUGCAGCGGCAGCGAUGCUCAGAUUUGGUCGCAGAAGGGCUCUGCCGCUUUCUCUGGAGACUUGGACGCCUGCGGCCAUCAGUGCGCUUUGUCCUCCACCGAUUGCGCCAGCAAAUGUGUGCAAGGCAAGGAGGGCUACAGCGAUGGCUGCGCUAGCUGCUUUGGAGAUAUCUUCGGCUGCACCCGCCAGCACUGCAAGCUGAAGUGCAUCGGCGGGCAGACUGAUGCGUGCAAGCAGUGUGUGAAGGAUGCCGGCUGCGUCGCCACCUUCACCAGCUGCAGCGGCUUUACUCCACCCUCCGUUUCCGUUCAGGGCAACCAGUGCAGCGACAACGACUCGCAGAUUUGGACGCAGAAGGGCCUUGCCGCUUUCUCUGGAGACUUGGACGCCUGCGGCCAUCAGUGCGCUUUGUCCUCCACCGAUUGCGCCAGCAAAUGUGUGCAAGGCAAGGAGGGCUACAGCGAUGGCUGCGCUAGCUGCUUUGGAGAUAUCUUCGGCUGCACCCGCCAGCACUGCAAGCUGAAGUGCAUCGGCGGGCAGACUGAUGAGUGCAAGCAGUGCGUGAAGGAUGCCGGCUGCGUCGCCACCUUCACCAGCUGCAGCGGCUUUACUCCACCCUCCGUUUCCGUUCAGGGCAACCAGUGCAGCGACAACGACUCGCAGAUUUGGUCGCAGAAGGGCCUUGCCGCUUUCUCUGGAGACUUGGACGCCUGCGGCCAUCAGUGCGCUUUGUCCUCCACCGAUUGCGCCAGCAAAUGUGUGCAAGGCAAGGAGGGCUACAGCGAUGGCUGCGCUAGCUGCUUUGGAGAUAUCUUCGGCUGCACCCGCCAGCACUGCAAGCUGAAGUGCAUCGGCGGGCAGACUGAUGCGUGCAAGCAGUGCGUGAAGGAUGCCGGCUGCGUCGCCACCUUCACCAGCUGCAGCGGCUUUACUCCACCCUCCGUUUCCGUUCAGGGCAACCAGUGCAGCGACAACGACUCGCAGAUUUGGUCGCAGAAGGGCCUUGCCGCUUUCUCUGGAGACUUGGACGCCUGCGGCCAUCAGUGCGCUUUGUCCUCCACCGAUUGCGCCAGCAAAUGUGUGCAAGGCAAGGAGGGCUACAGCGAUGGCUGCGCUAGCUGCUUUGGAGAUAUCUUCGGCUGCACCCGCCAGCACUGCAAGCUGAAGUGCAUCGGCGGGCAGACUGAUGCGUGCAAGCAGUGCGUGAAGGAUGCCGGCUGCGUCGCCACCUUCACCAGCUGCAGCGGCUUUACUCCACCCUCCGUUUCCGUUCAGGGCAACCAGUGCAGCGACAACGACUCGCAGAUUUGGUCGCAGAAGGGCCUUGCCGCUUUCUCUGGAGACUUGGACGCCUGCGGCCAUCAGUGCGCUUUGUCCUCCACCGAUUGCGCCAGCAAAUGUGUGCAAGGCAAGGAGGGCUACAGCGAUGGCUGCGCUAGCUGCUUUGGAGAUAUCUUCGGCUGCACCCGCCAGCACUGCAAGCUGAAGUGCAUCGGCGGGCAGACUGAUGAGUGCAAGCAGUGCGUGAAGGAUGCCGGCUGCGUCGCCACCUUCACCAGCUGCAGCGGCUUUACUCCACCCUCCGUUUCCGUUCAGGGCAACCAGUGCAGCGACAACGACUCGCAGAUUUGGUCGCAGAAGGGCCUUGCCGCUUUUUCUGGAGACUUGGACGCCUGCGGCCAUCAGUGCGCUUUGUCCUCCACCGAUUGCGCCAGCAAAUGUGUGCAAGGCAAGGAGGGCUACAGCGAUGGCUGCGCUAGCUGCUUUGGAGAUAUCUUCGGCUGCACCCGCCAGCACUGCAAGCUGAAGUGCAUCGGCGGGCAGACUGAUGCGUGCAAGCAGUGCGUGAAGGAUGCCGGCUGCGUUGCCACCUUCACCAGCUGCAGCGGCUUUACUCCACCCUCCGUGGCCGUUCAGAGCAACCAGUGCAGCGACAACGACUCGCAGAUUUGGUCGCAGAAGGGCUCUGCCGCUUUCUCUGGAGACUUGGACGCCUGCGGCCAUCAGUGCGCUUUGUCCUCCACCGAUUGCGCCAGCAAAUGUGUGCAAGGCAAGGAGGGCUACAGCGAUGGCUGCGCCAGCUGCUUCGGAGAUGUCUUCGGCUGCACCCGCCAGCAUUGCAAGCUGAAGUGCAUCGGUGGGCAGACCCCAGCGUGCAAGCAGUGCGUGAAGGAUGCAGGAUGCGUAGCCAGCUUCACAGGCUGCAGCGGUUUCACGCCCCCUUCUUUGGUCUCAGCAACUUGCACUGGCAGUGCCGAUCCCACGCCCAAUGCUUGCUACCAGGGAAGCGCUCGGGUGCUGGCACUUAAGGAAGACGUCCACGUGAAGGUGGACAGCUUCAGCGCCAACCAGGGGACCAUGGAUUUCGUGGGCAGCGGCCCAAAGGCAAUCAGCUGCCUGGGCAAGGCUUUUCAGAAGAAUGGGCAGAGCAUCACCACGGACCUGAGCGACUGCUGCCCUGACUUGCUCAAGCUGUCAGGUAUUAAGUACUGCUCCGACCAGGACAUGGUGAUCGUUGAUGCGGAGGUCGCGUCCCUCCACGAGGAGAUUCAGCUCACCAAAGUGACCUGUGAUGCGACCAUCGUGGUGCCACUGGGCCAAACAGGGGAAGAGGCAAGGGAGAGCAUUUUUCUUUGUGUGAGCCGCUCACGGCGCACUUGGUACCGUGGCGGCGGCGCACAAAAGCGGCUCGAACGCGAGAAUGCUUUGCGCCAUGGCCGGUCACUACGGCUUCAGGUUGGCAUCAACAUGAGGGUGAUGGUCUACAAUCCGAAUCCCAGGACGCGAGACGAAGAGACGGUCUUCGUGAACCCUCGCAUCAUCUCUGCCAGCGACGACCGGGACUACGCGGCGGAGGGCUGCCUGUCCUUCCCGCGGAUCCGCGGGAGUGUGCAACGCCCCACGUGGGUGGAGGUAGAGGCAGUGGAUUGGGAGGGCAAGCCCUUCCAGCGACGCAUCGAUGGCUUCGAGGCCAGGCUCUUCCAGCACGAGUACGAUCACUUAGAUGGCAUUGUCUUCGUGGAUCGCUUGGGGGAGGCCAGCCGCAGCAAGGCGCAGAACUGA